CAGCGAUCUCUCCCGUCAGUCGGUUGUCUCAGCCAGACAAAGACGACUGCACAGCCAUCCAUUCAUGCAUACGCCGCACGGGUGUCAUCUCCUCCACCGCAGCGUCCACAUGUCCACGUCGUCGUAGGGGACGUUGUCGAACACCCUCCCACGAUACACACGCCGAGCGUGGGUCGUCGACAGCAUCGUCUGACGCAAAUCAGUCGACGGCAUCGGAGAGGCCGAACAGGCCGAAUAGGCCGGAAGAGAGGUGACUGCACCAGCAGCGCCCGCCGCUUGGCGAGACUCCCACGAUGUGGAGGUCCUUCCUGGCGGCAGGGGGAAGUUCGGCAGCCCCCUCUUGCCGGGGCGACGGGACGGGCAGGGAGGUCCCACAGAUGGCAGCUGCCGCCUGUGGGCGUACGGGACAGAGGGAGGGAAGCAAACCGAGGAGGGAUUCUCAGGCGGGGGAGAGGGGGGAGGUCCGAGAGCCCCCUCCUGCUCAGGCGACGGGAGGGGCGGGGGGGGUGCCCCAGAGGUGGCAGCAGCUGCCACGCGGAGGCUCAUGGGACAGAGGAGAGGAACGGAAACCGGGGAACAAGGCAGCCGGCCAGGGGGCCGAGAGAACGCAGCGUCACGAAGGAAGCAGCAAGGGAACGUGCAUAGGACGGACAGACCAGUGUGGGGCGGCCUGUCACGCGUGACCUGACAGACAUCACAUCGCAUCCACAGACACGUGUGCAGAAAGAGAGACCGAUCAGCCAGCCAGCCAGCCAGUCACGUGCACACCCACCCUCCCUGCUGACCACUGCGUGUGUGGCGAGGUCGGCUCUGUCCCACUCGCCCUUCAUCCUCUUCUCCUUGAGCCGUUCGUAUCGUUGCCACAUGGCGUACACCACCACCACGUCGCCCCGAGACAGAUACGCAGGCCACUCCCUCCGCUCCGCAUGCCGCAGGUACUCCCUCGUCGUGAGGGCCAUGGGAUGGGCGCCCACAGGUUGCAGGCAGCCUCGGCCAAAUUUGUCAACAGGGCUGCUGCUGAUGAUGGUGCUGAGGCGCUGCCCUCGUUGUCGAAUGUGGUGCGGGGGCAGACGGUGCCCCAUCGGAGGGCGAGGUAGGCCUGCAGCCGCUGAGUGGUGACGAGGCUCGCCGAUGAAGGCGGGAGGAUUGAGGGUGCUGAGCGCCGGCAUCAGCACCAUGUUGUUCUUGUUCUGGUUCCACAGCCUUCUCCAUUCUGACGGCCUUCUUGCUCUGCCUCCAGAGAUACUGCUGCUGCCGCCGUAUCUUGUCCAACUCGGCAUCAUUGGCCCGAAGUCGUCAGCAAUCACAUACCGCUGGAAAACGAGGGGUAUCGUUGUGGCAAACGUCUGUUGCGCGCCAUGAUUGCGGACAGCUCUAUCAGCGUCAGCUUUGCCGCGUCUUCCAUGGACUGGAAUCGAGGAAAUGAUCUCAGUCCACACCUAAUUCACCUGAUCGAUCACAUCACACCCAACGCACGCAGGCAGGCAGUUGGGUCCGUCCAUCUCUCUCUCUCUCUCUCUCUCUCUCUCUGUGUGUGUGUGUGUGUGUGUGCGUGUGUGUGUGUGAUGACUCAGGUCAAGGACGGCGAGGAGUGGAUGGGCAUCAGCAAUCUCUCUCUGUGUGGGUGUGGGUGUGGGUGCUGCGCUGUGCUGUGCUCACUCGUUUGUUGAGGCGACGGACUUCUCGAAACGGUGCAGGUUUUCCCCAGAGAAGUUGGGAUGGAUCAGAUACACAGACAGAGUAACAGACAAAGGGUUCCUUGCCAUCUGUCUGUCUGCAUGUGUGUGUGUGUGUGUGUGUAUACCUACCAUCGACAGAGCCGAGCAGUGCCCGAGGUCCCACGAUGGCAGGAUGACAGCCGUCGACCGCACCAGCACCUCCCUCAGCCCCGUCACUGUCAUCGGCGGCACCUCCUGCCACCCUGGCGCACACAGACCCCCAUCGGUCAGCCGGAACAGCUUCCUGGGUGGCAAAUGUGUGUGGCCCACCCAGGCGACCGGUCCGAUCCGUGCUGCCACUUCUCACUCGCCUGCGUCAAGCGGGCGGC